GGGCCUGGGGCCUCGGCGUCCCCAGUGUCGCUUGCCCUUUCCUUUGCCUUGAUGUCUGUUUCUCUUUUGCAGAAUUAAAACUAGGAAUUUCCCAAGACUUGACUUCUUCCCCCAAAUUGGACAGAUACAAAAUAGCAAGACAAUUAACAGAAAAGGCGAUCCAGGAGAAGAAGAUUUUCUCCAUCUAUGGGCACUACCCAGUGAUCCGGGCAGCUCUGCGAAGAAAGGGCUGGGUGGAGAAGAAGUCCCACUUCCUGCCCGGGCUCCCCGCGGGUGUCCAGGACGGGAGCCCAGCAGUGACUGAACACAAAUGUGCUGAAGGCAGAGAAACCCAGGAGGUGGCUUUGGAGAGAAUGUACAACAUCCAUGACAUGAGGUCCAGAUUGGUAAAAAAUGAAAUGCCAUACUUCCUCUGGACUUUCAAAAAGAGUGUCAUCAACUAUCGCAGCCUGAGCUGUGACCAGAUGCUGAACCACUUCGGGAAGACAUCCUCCUUCACCACCAAGAUGGGGCUGUGCGUGAACAUGCGGAGCCUGCCGAGGUACGUCCAGGCCAACCCUGACUCCUUCUUCCCUCGCUGUUACGGCCUCUACACUGAGAGCGAGAAGCAGGCAUUCCUGGACGACUUCCGGCGCACGAUGGCCUCCAGCAUCCUCAAGUGGGUGGUCAGCCAGCAGAGCCGCAGCAGGAACAGACCCAAGGGCAGGAGGGCGCAGACCAGUGACAGGGAAGCCAACAGCACGAAAGUUCCUGAGAUUGCUGAAUCGAAGCUCACAGGCCUCUCGGGGCAGCUCGUGGACAUGGCAUGCAAGGUGUGCCAAGCCUACCUGGAACAGCUGGAGCACAAGGACAUCGACAUCUCCAAGGACACUGCCAACGAUCUCACAGAGGACGAGUGGAAGGACCUGACCCAGCAAUACUACACCCUCAUCCACGGCAACGCUUUCAUCCCCAGUCCAAGGAAUCACUUUUUGCGGUGCCAGGCUCUACUAGACAAAGUCAUGUCUGUGAGCCCCCAGACGGAGAUCGACGGGCUCCGCAACAUUUGGAUCAUAAAGCCUGCAGCCAAGUCUCGUGGCCGAGACAUAGUGUGCAUGAACCGCAUGGAGGACAUCCUGGGGUUGGUGGCCGCAGACGACCUCCCCACCAAGGCCAAGUGGGUGGUGCAGAAGUACAUAGAGACACCACUGCUCAUCUACGACACCAAGUUUGACAUCAGGCAGUGGUUCCUGGUCACUGACUGGAACCCCCUGACCAUCUGGUUCUACAAGGAGAGCUACCUACGGUUCUCGACACAGCGCUUCUCCCUGGACAGCCUGGACAGUGCCGUCCAUCUGUGCAACAACUCCAUCCAGAAGCGCCUCAAGAAUGACAAGGACCGCAGCCCCCUGCUCCCACGCCACAACAUGUGGACCAGCACCCGGUUCCAGGAGUACCUGCAGAAGCGGGGCCGCGGGGCCGUAUGGGGCGGCGUCAUCUACCCAUCCAUGAAGCGCUCCAUCGUCCAGGUCAUGCGCAUGGCCCAGGACCACGUGGAGCCGCGCAGGAACAGCUUCGAGCUGUACGGUGCCGACUUUGUUCUGGGGCGAGACUUCAAGCCCUGGCUGAUCGAGAUCAACUCCAGCCCCACCAUGCGCGCGUCCACGCCGGUCACAGCUAAGCUCUGUGCGCAGGUGCAAGUGGACACCAUCAAGGUGGUGGUGGACCGCAGGACAGACCGCAGCUGUGACAUCGGCAACUUCGAGCUGCUGUGGAGACAGCCUGCCGUGGAGCUGUCCCCGGUCCACAGGGCCAACCUCCGCGUGGAAGGUGUCGGCGUGAAGAAAGCCAAGAAGCAAAUGCCUCCCACUUCCAAAGUUAAUUUUUCAUCUUCCAUCUCGGACACUCAGCCACCAGAAGUGAGGCGCUCCUUGGCCAUGCCAGACCUGGCGCCAGGACCCCCACAGCCGGCCCUCCAGCAGGACCUGAAGGAUGAGGGGUCCCUCUCCCCUGCCUGUGCCCUCAGCGAGCUCGGCUGAGGGGCUGUGACGUCAGGUCUGUCCAUACCGAGUCUGCCGGGAAGAUAAGAGUUCCCCACUUAUAAUUAUCGACAUGUAGACAAUAAGGCCCCCAAAACUGGUCUCAUCAAAGCCGAGCCUGACAAACUCUUGGGUCCAAGCUUGUUAGAUGCCCACUGCCGACGGCGCUCCCACGCGUGAAGACGGGGGGCCGCUGUGCUUCAGCGGCCGGGCCAUCAGGAAUGGAGCGGAUGGGUCAUGAAUGCAGCUCUGGCAGUGACACUCCCAAGGGAUCUCCCAAAGCGACCGUGGCAGCUCGCAUCCCACUACGAAUCAUGAGCGGUCCAGUCGCUCCGCCCUGUGGGCAGCACUAGGUG